CUGGGAGAAAGGCAGGCCACGAGCAUCCCGUAUGGGUUUGUGACAUCCGUCCCCGUGCUGUUCCUCCACCCAUCCGUGUCUCCUGGCUUGGUCACAACAGCGUGGGGGGCUGAGGUCUGUCCAGUUGUGACAAGAGCUACAAAGACUAGUGUUUGCUGGACCUCUGUGUGGGUUGUAUACUCUAUCUCUGGCUACAGGUGAAGAAAGGUCUGUGUUGUCAGGAGGGUCCUUGAAGAAGCAACUUCCAGCUGAGUUUGUCUCUGCAGAGCCGUCGUGUUACUCAGCUUUACCAGAGCCUUGCCUGCACCACAAAGAUGCUGAGGGCAGUUCUCUGUGUCAUCUUCUUGGGAGCCCUGCCAGCUUCAGCUAAGGAGUCCCGAGGCCACAUCUCCGUUGUCUUGCUGGGUGCUACUGGAGACCUGGCCAAGAAAUACUUGUGGCAGGGGCUGUUCCAGCUCUACCGGGAUGAAGUGAGCAAUGGCCACAGCUUCACCUUCCAUGGGGCUGCACUGACGGCACCCGAGCCGGGACAGAAGAUGAUGUUUGAGGUGCUGAAGAAUCUGGCAUGUCCUCCAGAUGAACACCCCACCAGGUGUGCUGUGCUGAAGGACCAGUUCCUGAAGCUGAGCCAGUACUACCAGCUGAGAACUGCAGAGAACUACACUGUCCUGAACAGGGAGAUUGAGACUCUUCUUGAGCAGGAGGGGCUGGAGGAAGCUGGCAGGAUCUUCUACUUCUCAGUACCACCGUUUGCCUAUGCCGAAAUUGCCGGCCACAUUAACAGCAGCUGCAGGCCGCGUCCGGGAGCCUGGCUGCGUGUGGUACUGGAGAAACCCUUUGGUCAUGACCUUGAGUCAGCCCAGCAGCUGGCUGCGGAGCUGAGGAACUUCUUCAAAGAAGAGGAGAUGUACCGGGUGGAUCACUACCUUGGCAAACAGGCUGUAGCCCAUAUCUUGCCUUUCCGAGACCAGAACCGACAGUUUCUGGACCCAAUUUGGAACCGGCAUCACGUGGAAAGAGUGGAGAUUGUCUUGAAAGAGACUGUGGAUGCUAAAGGCCGUGCCAGCUUUUACGAGCAGUACGGAGUCAUCCGUGACGUCCUUCAGAACCACCUCACUGAGGUCAUGAUGUACCUCGCCAUGGAGCUGCCAGCCAACAUCAGCAGCACCGAAGAUGUUCUUCAGCAUAAGCUGCAGACCUUCAAGUCACUGCAAGAGCUGGAAAAGACCAGUGCUGUGAUUGGGCAGUAUCAGGCCUACACCAGUCAGGUGCAGGAGGAACUGCAGAAGGCCCAGAACUAUUUUAGCAUGACGCCAACCUUUGCAGGUGUUCUGAUUCACAUGGACAGCCUGCGCUGGGAAGGAGUUCCCUUCAUCCUCGCCUCCGGGAAAGCCCUGGACGAGCGGGUAGGCUACAUUCGGGUCCUCUUUAAGAACCGUGCCUACUGCACCCAGAGCGAAGCCCUGAGGGAUGCAGAGCAUAGCCAGUGCAAAGCCAAACAGAUCAUCUUCUACAUCGGGCAUGGGGAGCUGAACUCCCCUGCCGUGCUGGUUAGCCGGAACCUCUUCAGACCCAUCAUGCCAGAAGGCAGCUGGAGGGAAGUGACGGACCAUCCUCAGCUGCAUCUCUUUGGACAGCCACUGUCUGAUUACUAUGUGUACAGCCCCGUGAAGGAGAGAGAUGCCUAUGCCAUGCUCAUCUCCAGCAUCUACCAUGCCAGAAAGGAUUUUUUUAUUACCACCGAGAACCUGCUGGCUUCCUGGGAGUUCUGGACCCCACUGCUGGACAGCAUCUCUCAUCAGGCCCCGCGACUGUACCCAGGGGGCAGGGAGAACCAGCAUCUCCUAGACUUUGAAAUGCUAGGCCAGGAGCUCUCCUUUACACUGGCAGAGCCAGUUGAAUUUCUAGAUACCAGCAAGCAAACUCCAGAUGACUACCAAACCAUUCAGGCCAAGUUUCGGAACAGCUCGCUAGUCUCGGCCUGGCCAGAGGAGCUGGUUUCCCAGCUGGCGUCGGACUUGGAGGCAGUGGCUGCUCGGGCUGUGGCACGCUCUGGUGAAUUCCACCUCGCUCUGUCGGGUGGCUCGAGCCCUGUGGUCCUGUUCCAGCGGCUAGCAAAGCACCACUACGGCUUCCCAUGGAAACGCACUCACUUGUGGCUGGUGGACGAGCGCUGUGUGCCACUCAGUGACCCUGAGUCCAACUUCUGCAGCUUGCACGACCACCUUCUACAGCAUGUCAGGGUGCCCUACUUCAAUCUCCACCCCAUGCCAGUGCACCUGAACCGGCGGCUCUGUGUGGAGGAGGACCAGGGGCCAGAGCUGUAUGCCGAAGAGAUUGCAGCGCUAGUGACCAAUGCCAGCUUCGAUCUCGUGCUGCUCGGAGUAGGCACCGAUGGGCACACGGCUUCCCUCUUCCCCCAUUCAUCCAGUGGCCUUGGAGGGAGCCAAGCAGUGGUGCUGACGGAGAGCCCCAUCAAACCCCACCAGAGGAUGACCCUCAGCCUGCCCUUCAUCAACAAAGCUAGGCAGGUGUUUGUCCUGGUCCUGGGGAAGGGCAAGCAUGAAAUUGUAACCCUGCUCAGCAGAGUGGGGAACAAGCCCAAGAAAUGGCCCAUUUCAGGAGUCAGGCCCAGCUCUGGCCAGCUGGUCUGGUACAUGGAUUACGAAGCUCUGCUUGGAUGAUCUCUUCUUGGUACAUCCUCCCCCUCACCUCUACCAUGGCUGUCAGAUCUCAGACUUCCUAACACUGUGCCUGCACUUAUCCAUUUACAAUAAUGGCUCCUACUCCCAAGGGUCUCUUUAAGGCUAGGUAAAGACCUGUUGGCUGUAACAUCUCCAACCUGUGAGCUGUAGAGGCAGUGCAGCUCAGUGUUCAGAGCUUGGGAGAAGGAGCCAAGAGACUGAUGUUGCAUUCCUGACUCUGCCACUGAGUCUAUUUGUGACCUUGGGCAGAUUACUUCACUGCUGUGUGCCUCAGUUUCCCCCUCUAGAUAGUGGGGUUAAUAAUCCUUACCUACCUCACAGGCAUAAUGUAAGACUUGUUUGAUUCAAUGCCUGCAAUGUUCUUUGAGAUUCUCAGGGCUAAAAUGCAAGAGAUGUUACUGGAUGUUCAUGUUCAGCUCUGAUCAAACAGCCCGGACUACUGUAGCAGCGAAAGAGCCCCAAUCAGAGCCCUGGUUGGACUGUGCUACCGUCUUGUAUGUGCCAGCUUCUCGCAAAGAGCAGCCCUCUAUUUCAGCAAAGCACUGACCACAUUCCCACUCUGAUACAGUUGUGGAAGCUGCAGGUACCAAAUGACUGCACCUUGCGGUGAGCAGCGCCCCUGAUGCAGGCACUGAACUGUGCUCAAUGCAGUCCCUAGGCUUUAUAAAUUGCCCUGGUGCAGAGGCUAAGUUUAUCAGCAGUAAUUGCUGCUCUGCUUAAGUGCAGAGCUGGCACUGCAGGAGGUGGAAAGGGAAGCAGUGUGGCUAUGUUCAGGCUUUCAGGAUUAUGAGACUUGCACCCAAAGCAUUGGAGUUCACAUUCAUUAUUCUAGAGAUGUGUAAUUUGUCUGCAGCAUCGUAAUUACAGAUGGAAGCAGCUUCCUGGCCUGGAGAUCAGGGGAGGGGAGUGGAAAUAGUUGGAUUCAGAACUGGGUUUCCGCAUGUAUCCUGAGCAUCUUCAUCACUUGCCCCAGGCAGGGUACUGCUCUCUCCCACGAGGUGGAGCAGUAGCUUGUGAAAUUUCCAUUUAAAGUGUCCUGCAGUAACAAUCCCCAUGCAGAGCAGCGAGGGGACUGCAGCACCUGCGCUGCUUUCUGAGGAGCGAGUGAGUUUCUGCCUCCUGCAUGUCUUCUAGCUUUCUGAUGCACAAAACUGCUUGCUGUAUCGGGACCCUUCUCUUGAAAGCACUGGAGGGGCUGGAUUUGCCUGGUCCAGCCAUGCAGGCUGAAAGAAGGGCUGCAGCCCUGUUUAGAAAGUGCUUGGAGAUUCUUCAGAUGCCUCUUUCCUCCUCCUCACCUCUUCACCUAAACUUCUUCUUGCCCAUGAAGCUGCUACACCUUUACACAAGAAAAUCCUCUAGUGACCAGCCACAUGUGCUGUAACUGAAGGAUGACCUGAUGCAUCAGGGAGCUCCUGCAGAGUGUUGACUAACUUUCCCUCUUUGAAUGAAGUAGCCCAGAUAAUGCCAACUGCUCUGGGAGACGGGGUGCAUCUACGCGUGCAAUUCGCAGGUAGCAAUAAACUCUUACACAGUUUGUGCUGGAGUUCAUUGCUCCCGGGCAUAGUGUUUACACAUGCAUCCAGGACCACAGCAUAUUAAGCAGGGAUGGUGCAGCUCCAGCUGCCAGAGAGCCUGGGGGGGGGUCAGCCUGCCAGCCUGGAGCUGCUCCACCCUGGCUCAACAUGCUACGGAGGGGUACAAGGGGGCUACAGUGCAGGACUAGCCAGCAGGUAGCCCCUGCACUGUAGCACCCUUGUGCCCCAGCCAGCCAUGGUCACAGUCUACAUGUGCAUUUCAGCACACUAAAUAACUCCGCCGUAGGACAGUACUUGUCUCAGAAAGUACUAUCCUACAGCAGAGUUAAUUAAUUUACUGCACCUAAUAGGGGCACACAUGUAGACUGAUAUUUUACCUCUAACUAGUCAACUCUGCAGUAAAGCACGUGUGUGGAUGCACCCACUGAGGUGAUGAGAUCCACAUGUCAGGUGGAAGUAAAUCCACCCAAGCACAGCUGGACUAGGGACAGAGCUGCACAGCUGGACCAUGGCAGAGCUGUAGGGAACCAGAACAGGGACAUCCUACAAGUUCCUGGCAAAGAGAGGGAGCCGGCAUUGGCACUGCACCCGCAGUUCCACAUCGUUGCCCAGCCAGACUAGGGAAAGGGAGACUCUGAUGGUUUUCAGAAGGGGUCUCAACAGGCCCCUUUUCAGGAAGGCUGUUAUUUAUUGCUGAUACCUAGAUGCUUGCCAUUAGAGAAUUAGCCCUGUUGGAAACCCCUGUGGCGUCGGAGCCGCCCAGUUAUCAGUCUGACUGGGAGGGUUAGGAUACUUUCCAUGGAAAGUCUGGGCUCUGGCACUAGGUGGCACCAGGACCCUGCAAACAGACGUGGUAAAUUGUGUGUAUGGCUUUCAAGCACUGCUGGACUGGAGCCUGCACCCAAAUUAGGCUGCUCUUCUGACUGCCUCUUAGCUUCUGAAAGAGCACAAUGAGACCCUUGGGGGUCUGGGCCUUGUGGUCUGAUGACUGGGUGCAGAUGGGGAAUAUCAGAGAAUCCAAGGUUGGAGUAAAGGGAGGAAAAGUCUGUCCACGGGGCUGAGAGAGAGACGCUGGGGACAAAUCCUGUCUUGUCUUGAACCCUGCACAAUCCUGCUGGUGGAGCUCUGACUGAGGGCCCAGUUGGCUAGGCCUGGUGACGGUGCGCCAGCUGGGCAGCAGUCCGUCCACUGCUGUUUUGACACAGCGCGGCGUCCCUGCAGGCUGUGUUGGGAUUGCGGGAAUACCUUGUGGGGUGGUAAUAAAAAGUGCCUCAAAGAGGGAUGAGAUGUUUCUAUGGAGUUUUAAGAGUUAAAACUAAAAAAUACAGUGGAAGGAUGUAUGACCCGGUGCUUUCCAAAAAGAAAAUAUUUUAAAGCAUUUAGAAACAAAAACCUGCCACACUUACAAACAUGACAAUGAUGCUGUUACAGUUGGAUUUAUAAAAACACAGUCCUGUACGAUUUCUGCUGGCUUCGGUGUAUCAGACAGCCAAGAACUUGUCAAUACAGGCCUGUUAAUUGGGAUUAAAGUAGGGUAUGACUUGAAAGUGGUAUGGAUGUUCUUGUUCUGGAAUAAAAUUGACUAUUUCAAAUUAGCUUAAUCCACCUGAUUAAUCCUCUUAAUACAAAUUUUAAAUAAAAAAAAGGCCUGACCUAAAUCCCACAAAACAAAUCGAGUUUGGAAGUGAAUUGAGGUAGUUCAAGCCUCAAUUUUUCUUUCUUAAAUAAGAAUAGCUACAUGAGAUAUAGCUUUUUCCCAGUUGUGUAUACCUGGUAUGUGGGAAAAGGGUUUUAGAAAAAAGAGCACAUCAGUUGUGUAAGGAUACAUGUUAAUGACUAUCAGAAGUACUGGCUGCAAGAGUUUGGGGGUUUUCCCUCCAAUUCAAUAUUGACUUUUUUUUUUUAAUAAUUUGAAUAACUAAGGGAUUUUCACAUCUUUAGGAGGCCUGGUUUUUCAUUUUUUAUUUGAAAACUAAAUUCCUAUAAGUUGUUUCAAGUCGGGCACCAAAAAUCACCAGUAGAAUUAAAGGUUUCCCUUUAUAAAACUCCAUGAGAAACUUUGUAAUAAAUAUUUUCAUUACUUUUUUCAUUACAUAAUUGUUCUCUUUUCUAUAUCUCUGUGUUAAUUUUCAGCAAGCCUAUUUUGAUGUCUUUCUCAGGGAAAUGUCUUUUUCAGAAGCAUCCCUUUUGAACUCUUCAAUGCUUUGUUAACAGUGGUUUGCCAAAUAAAAAAUAAUCGAGCGGGAGAUAAAUAUUUUUAAAUUUCUGAAAUGUGUUACUAGCAAUAGACUGGAUGGGGGACAAAUGUAAAAGUAGCAGAUCAGUCACUGAAAAAGACAGUACAUUAGAAAUCUACUUUGCUCAAGGCCAGGGAAUGGGAAUGCUAUUUAUAUUUCAGCAAACCUACUAAUGGAAGCUCUUCGAAGUAUUUUUUUCAAUGAAUGGUAUGCUGGAAAUGAUGUGAGCGGGUGUACUUCUAAGAACGUGUGUUAAAGAUCCCGGCGAAGGGAAGCCCAUUGAGUGGGUCAUGGCCAGCAAUAUCUUUUAAAGGAAGAACAGUUUGUAACUGUGUUUUGUACAAAAACAGUGACGUGGUUGUUUUGUAUGUCACAGAAGUCUAACACUGGAAAUACCCUUUCUCACGUGGUACUUUUUUUGAAUAGAUCAAGUUGUAAAAAUUUGUAUUCUCUUGAAUUCAGUUUUGUGAUUGUGCUUUGUGAUUAACAGAGGCAUAUAUUUUUAAUAAAAUGUUUUUCAUCAAUAAAAUCCUCUUCCUCCUA